GCAUCAUAGAGACUUACAAAAAAUUUAAAUUUAAUUUAUUUCAAAUUCAGUUCUAAAUAUCUAAUAAAUCUUUGCGAAAUAUGUCUCUGGCAUUUGUUUUACUAAGUAGAAUAACAAAAUAUAAAAUAAAAUCUCCCGAAAAGAAAAACUAAAUAACAUUUUGGCAAUGGCUAAUCUUAAGUUAAGAUCGCGGCAAAUUUUGCUUAUAAAUUUCAAGUUAGAAACCCAUAAUUUUUGUAGCCGGAAUUGGAAUCCAUGAGUCGAUCAUGGCUGGCCCUAGUCCUGAGUCUCGUCUUCCUCCCUUGGCUGGGAGCACAGAAGGGAACCGUGUGCCACGAGCGAGUGCCCCAGAGAGCAAACAGAACGAAUGGAGAGGUGGUAGAGCUGGAGUCUGCGUGAGGUUUGCUGCAAGGGCUAUGAGGGUACGCCGGGCGGAUGUCGACCCCGCUGCAAUCCCCGGUGCGUGCACGCCCAGUGCACCGCUCCACAGCAAUGCACCUGCGACUUGGGCUACGAAAUUCUGAGCGAGCAGGAGUUCAGCAACGCCGGCUGCCAGCCGAAAUGCCACGCCUGUCGCAAUGGCGAUUGCAUUUCGCCUGGCCGCUGUCGCUGUUGGCCCGGCUUCGCGAUGAGUCGCAAGUCGCUGAGCUGCCAGCCGGUGCCGCAUCUACUCCAGCCUGCCGAGCAGUGUGAGUCACGUUGUCGGAGCACUCGCUGGCAAAAGUACUUCAGUUGGAGCCAUCUAUUGAGUGGUCGUACACCCAACACCGUUCCCACUUGUCGCCAGAAUCAGACGGAGCCUUGUCUGCACCUGGAUCGGUGCGUCUGCAAUAGUCACAGCCAGCGGCUGAUUUGCCAAGAUCCAGCACAGAAACUGCCACAGCAAUAUGUGUGCAGUGAUCAGACAGUCAAGACUCAUCCAGGACUUCUGACUGAGCGCUUAGAUGAAGAAUCGUCUGUCAAUCAAAUAGUAAAUAUAAAACAGGUACAUAAGCAAGAUCGAAAAAAUCGGGAUCAUGAAAAUGAUAUCUCAACUGAUGCUGAUCUUAAAGAUCACAAUAUACCACAAAUAGAUCCGAUAAAUCAUAAAAUCUUUCGAAUAUAUCACACAAUUCAGACCGAUCGAAAUACGACAAAUCAGCUCCAUCCAAAGGAUCAGAGAAUUGAAAUUGGAUCUGUAGAUGAUGCUAUUGAUGGGACUGAUAAAACAGCUAUGAUUUAUCAGGCGGAUCCAUUGUCUACGACUGCGACUUCGUGGAUGACUUCUCUGAAUCAAUACAAUCCAUUUUUCAGCACAGAUGAUAUAGAACAGCACAACCACGACGGAACAAAAGCAAAAUCAAUCGAGCGAACAUUGGUAACUGAAAGACCGCUGUUGUUAGACUUAGAAAGAAUAUAUCCGACAAUUCCUACAAAUCAAACACAUCUAGAAAAUGCAACCGAAGCAAAUCUAACUGCUCUGGAUAAAGAUUAUCAAUGGAUAGCUGAUGCAAUUCUAGAAGAACGAAAUCAAGAACUAAAUCAAACAAAUCUCAUAGACUAUAAUGAGUCGAUAUAUGAGAAAGAGCAUUACAAUUCGAUGAAUAACAGCAAUUACAAUAGUUCAUCCCAAAAUUCAAUGAUGAAACAUCUCGUAGAUCCAAUAGAUCCAAGCGAUCGGGAAUAUAGAAAAGAAUUGUCUAAGCCAAGCAUAAACGUUGGUAAUAUCCAUAUGCAAAAGCAAUCGCAUCAUGUAUUGAGUAGUGAUACGACAACUGUAGAUAACGAUGAGCUUAUUGUAAAAGGAGCACUUCAUAAUACCACUCUCAUCAUAGGCCUACUCCUAUUUGUUAGCAUUAUACUAACCAUUAUUAUUAUUGUCAGUUUGUAUGCGAUGCGCAAUCAAGUUAACGCACCUGUCCGCACAGGUCGUGCAGCAUAUUUUGCAUAAGGAUACAAGAAUUUCAAUUCCCGGAAUUGAAUGGAUUUUUAAUUUGACAAAAAUUAAAUUCAAUGAGAAAAUUCUACAAAUAAGACAAAUAAAAGAUUGUACAAUAAUUCAUUUA